AUGACCACACAGACUCAAUCCGUCACAGCCGUGGUGGCCUACCCACCAGCUGAACCUGGCAAGCCAACCCUCAAGCACGAAAUCUUGACCCUGAGUCAGUUAAGGCCACAAGCAGGCGAAGUCCUCGUGCGGAUCAUAGCUGUUGGAAUCUGUCACACCGACGUCUACGUAGGAGGUCUGCCCGCAGAGGCCAUGAGCUAUCCCAGCGCCCUCGGCCACGAAGGAUCUGGUUACGUGGAAGCAGUUGGUCCCGGAGUCACUUCCGUAGCAGUCGGUGAUCCAGUCCUCCUGAGCUAUACUUACUGCGGUGAAUGUGACCUGUGUACAGAUAGUAUGCCGAUAUACUGUCAAAAGUUCAAUGAGGAGAAUAUAGGGUGUGUCAGUAAGGUCUGGACAACUGAGGACGGCAAGGAGGUUGGCGGGAAGUUCUUUGGACAGAGCAGUUUUGCUAGCUUGAGUGUUGUGGAUGAGAAGAGCAUUGUUAAUGUGAAGGGCUUGGCGGAUAAUGAGGAGGAUCUCAAGAAGUAUUGUCCUUUGGGCUGCGGGUUGAUGACUGGGAGUGGUGCUGUAAUCAACGUCGCUGCAGCAAAACCAAGCGAUGUCGUGCUUGUGACAGGACUGGGCGCGGUCGGACUCGCUGCAAUCAUGGCGGCGAAGAUUCAGGGAUGUCGCGCGAUAAUUGCUGUUGAUCGAAUUGACAGUAGGCUUGCAAUAGCUAAAGAGCUUGGUGCCACACAUACCUACAAUACAAGUGGACUGGACAUCAGCAGUGACUCUUACGCAACUGACUUGGCCGCCAAAUUGAAGAACAUCGCUCCGGACGGAAAACUCAACUACGCAAUCGACACAACUGGUGUCCUACCCGUGAUUAACGCUCAAAUCAAAGCUCUCAGCAAAAGAGGCAAGCUGAUCCAGAUCGGUAUACCCAUAACAAAUGCGACGAGCAGCAUUCCUCUCGACAUGCAAGACUUCUUCCACGUCACGAAACGAAUGGAAACAAACUUUCUUGGCGACUGUCUGGCGAAAGAGUUUGUGCCGAGAAUGAUACAGUGGCAUAAAGAGGGCAAAUUUCCGUUUGACAAGUUCAUCAAGUUCUACGAUGCGAGGGAUGCUGCUCAGGCGUUGGAGGACAUGAAAACGGAGGUUAUUAAGCCGAUAUUGAUACAUUGA